AUGAGGUUGCAAGAACUUCAAGAUGCUAUAAACAAACUUCCAUUGAGACAUCCAAUUGACGUCAAAUUGUAUUGGAGAGCAUCUGAGUUAGGUCAGAAGGUUUUAUAUGAAACAGGUUGCUUCGACGAUGUUUAUGAGAUAACAGGAGAAGUUUCUCAGAAGAUAAGAGACUCACUUGAAUUUCCACAAACUGGACCAAUUGGUUGCGACAAGUUCGACUCAGAUGAAAAGAUAUACUAUGUCGACCUUAACGCUGCAUACAUGAGGUUUGUCCAAUAUAUUCCGACUGGAAUUCCAAACGAAGAUGGUGAGUUCCCGGGAAGGAACUAUACAGUUGGAAAAGUCAUACAACAACUGUAUGAUAUUAGGAAAGCUUCAAACCCCAAACUUGCAAUGACACUCAAAUUGCUUAUGAAUUCGACAUGGGGAUAUUCCAUUAAGAAACCUCAAGAGAUGAAGAGUAAACAUUAUGAGAAGGUCGACAACUUUGUUGAAAGGUUUUCUCCUUUUGUUUUGAAGUACGAAUUCACUCAAGGUCAAAGUGGCUUAGUAACCACAUUAAAACCUAUUGUCGAACAUUGGUCUUACCCUCAGUUCGCAAAGGCAGUCCUUGACAACUACAACAAAUUCUUCUCCGAAGUCAAAUCCAAAGUUGUGGUUUACUAUGAGAACAUUGACGCACUCAUGACGAACGAAGAAGGAUACAACAAACUCAUUGAAAUGGGCAUGGUCGGUGAAAAGAUGGGUCAAUUCAAAUUGGACAAAAUUUUCACCGAAGUUCAUGUCCUCUCCAAGCGUAAGUACUGGGGCAUACUUGAAGACGGCACAGAAAUAAAACAUUGCAUGAAAUAA